AUGGUCAUUAUGUCAGGGCAGUUCACAGAAGAUAUGAUUCCUACAGUAGGCUUCAAUAUGAGAAAAAUAACAAAGGGAAACGUUACCAUAAAGGUAUGGGACAUUGGAGGGCAGCCAAGGUUUCGAAGCAUGUGGGAGCGUUAUUGCAGAGGAGUCAAUGCAGUUGUUUACAUGGUGGAUGCAGCAGACUUAGAAAAAGUAGAAGCUUCAAAGAAUGAGCUACACAGUUUGAUAGAUAAGCCACAAUUACAUGGAAUUCCAGUGUUAGUCCUUGGAAAUAAAAGAGACCUCCCAGGUGCACUGGAUGAAAAGCAGUUAAUUGAGAAAUUAAACCUUUCAGCUAUUCAGGACAGAGAAAUCUGUUGCUAUUCUAUUUCCUGUAAAGAGAAGGAUAACAUCGACAUAACAUUACAAUGGCUUAUUCAGCACUCCAAAUCAAGACACUGCUGAAGAAAACUUUUGGAAGAUAACUCAUUCCCAAUCACUUUGACUCCUAUCAGCUCUACACAACUGAAAAGAUGAAGAAUGCAACUGCGUACUACCAGGACUCACUUUGGUUGUAUUUGUUAACAGAAGUAAAACUGAGUUAUAGCUUGUCUCUCUAUUUUGGUUCUUUUUUUAAAAAUCCAGAUAUUUGUCUGCCUAGGUGAAAUUCCUGAACGCCUUAAUACAAGACUGAAAGAAAUCAAUACUUUUGGGGGCUGAAAUGUUUGAGUUUAUGCAUGUGAAUUGUUAAAUACUUAGUAAUUUUUUUCUAAUUUGAAACUGAAUAAACUGCACAGUGGAAA